AUGUUUUGCGUCGGCGGUGCGUACGCCCUCAGCACCAUACAAUCGGAAAUUCCUAGGCUCCUGGGUAAGCCUCAGCAGUCAUCAUUUGCACCCUUCGCUUCAGCUUGCUUCGGACUCUCCUUCGGGCUAGGCACAUGCGCGUCUCUACUAUCGACCUUGGGUGCUCGUGCCACAGCUGCCAGUGGAACCGCAAUUUGGGGUCUGGCACUUAUAGCCAUUGGACAUGCACUAGCCAUGUCAAACUUCAUGGGCAUAUUGGUCGCCGUUGCGUUUGGAGGAAUCGGAGUGGGCUACACCUAUCUAUCAGUCAUCGUCCUGGUCGGACAGGGAUUUCCACGCCGACCGCUGGCAAGAAGUGCUAUCGGCCCCUUGGGGUUUUCUACCGGUGCGGGAGCGUGCAUAAGUUCAUACUCGUACUUCUCUUUCAGUUCGAUCGACCAGCAAAGUCUCGGGCACCUUGUUCGUCUAUCAGGCUACAUCUCCAUUUCAGUUGCCCUUUGUACGAUGAUUGCGUUGCCCAACGACCUCACCCAAUUCACGGGGUCACCAGACUCGGAACAAAGGGUGGCUAGCCCAAGAAGAGCGUUCCGAGCACUGCUUUUCUUCAAUGCUCUACCGGGCAUGACGGCAUUUGCUGGGAUACUACCACUAGCAAACCUAUACAGCGAGCCCGACCAUCAGUAUACCGCACUAAUUUUGCCCCUCGUCAUGGCUGCUCUUGCACUCGGUGGCCUACUUGCACAGUCAUUUCAGGGGUGGCUCGGUGCGCGAGCCAGUUUCUCUGCGCUGUUCACCCUGCGUGGAGCUAUGCUUCUGAGGCUGGCACAGUACCCGAGCGGUCCUCAAGCUACGAUCACUCUCCUUUCGAUUCUCCUCGCGCACGGAAUGGGUUUCGGGAUAUUGCCUGGCCUCAUUAAGCGUCAUCACUCACAGCCCGCCGCCUUCGCGCGUAGCUACGGCUCGGUUUUGGUGGCCUGGGGAGUAGCAGGAGUGGCUGGUGCCCUACUCUGCGCUUACUCUAUCUCCAGUAAAGAAAAUCUCACGAUUGUCUGCAACGUGAUGGGAGUUAUAACUCUUGUAUGCGGGGGAACGAUACAGCUCUUGUCGUUCGGCAUUAUUCUCUGUUAA